GCAAACUGGUUUACUUGGCUUCCCCACAACUAGUUCUUUUUUUGCCGCAUGCAGUGAAACAAGUGGAAGUUAAAAUUAGUUUUUGUCGAACUACACGAGGAGGCGGAAGCAGAACUUGUCUUUUCUGUAUCUGUAUCAUGAGCGGUAUUAAAUUGUACGGUGUUUCUGAUGGGCCGCCAUCGCUUGCGUGCCGACAAGCCCUUAAAGCACUUGGGGUGGAUUUUACCCUAGUUCCGGUUAAUUUUAAUAUCGGCGAACAUUUAACUCCAGAAUAUGAAAAAUUGAAUCCCCAGAAAGAAAUACCUGUAUUGGAUGAUAAUGGCUUUCUGUUAAGUGAAAGCAACGCGAUUAUUCAAUACCUUGCUGACAAGUAUGCAAAAGACGAUAAAUUGUAUCCCAAGGAUCCGAAAGCUAGAGCUAUCGUCAAUCAUCGGCUCUGUUUCAACUUGGCAUCAUAUUACAAAAACAUUGCCACUCAUGCUUUGGCUCCUAUUUUCUACAAAGUUGAACGCACGGACUUUUCUUUGAAGAUGGUCCAUGUAUCGUUGAAGGUUUUUAACGAGUAUUUCCAACGUACUGGAUACAAAUAUGCCGCUGCUGAUCAUCUUACCAUUGCUGAUUUUCCAUUAAUUACUGCUACUAUGUCGCUGGAAGCAAUUAAAUUCGAUAUUUCGGGAUAUCCUUUGGUCGAGAAGUGGUACAGUACUUUUAAACAAGAAAAUCCUGAUUUGUGGGCUAUUGCGGCUGAAGGUAUGAAGGAACUUCACGAUUUUGAAUUUGUUCAGCCUCCGGAUUUAUCCAAACUGGAUCAUCCACUGUUCCCAGUUCGAAAAUAAGCAAAAAACAAUAAAAGCAAAUUGAAUCCUCAAAAGGAAGUUCCAGUUCUCAAUGACAAUGGAUUUUUACUAAGUGAAAGCACGGCUAUUAUGCAAUAUUUAGCUGAGGAAUACGCCAAGGACGAUUUAUUAUAUCCUAAAAACACAAAAACUCGAGCAAUCGUCAAUCAUCGAUUGUGUUUCAAUGUAUCGACAUAUUACAAACACAUUUGUAAUCACGUGAUUGCGCCGAUUUAUUUCAAAGUAGAACGCAGUGAUUUUUCACUUCAAAUGGUCCAUUUGGCUGUAAAAAUUCUCAAUGAGUAUUUCCAGCGCGCCGGAACAAAAUACGUCGCUGCUAACCACGUUACCAUCGCUGAUUUUGCAUUGAUCACUUCUACAAUGUGUUUGGAUAUUGUAAAUUUUGAUUUGUCUAAAUAUUCUCACGUUCAAAAGUGGUAUGAGACCUUUAAGGCCGAAUAUCCAAAUCUUUAUGCAAUUGCAGUUGAAGAAAUGAAAGAAAUUCAUGAUUAUGAACAUGUUCAACCUCCGGAUCUUUCAAAACUUCAACAUCCAUUCCUGCCAGUCAGGAAGUAACUAAAACAAUGAGGUCAUGCUGAUUUAUUCACAUUAUUCACAAAUUAAAUAGUUUUUUACAAUGUGUACAUUAUAGUUGUUAUCAUCGCUUUCCUCAAACCGCAUGUACAUUUUUUGAUAAGAUAAGAUAUAGAAUACAUGUACAUUUGUCAUACUUCUAAUUCACAUUAAAUAUUUAAUAUCCUGUUAGCACUUGGGUGUUACCAAUGCAA